AUGGAGCCGUCGUUGGCCGGGGACCCCGAACGACGACAACGGAAGCCGCCAAAGCCGAAGAGCCUACUGGCAGUUUCAGCCGGGAUCAAGAACAAGGCGGUUGUGGACAAGCUCGUGUCCAAGUUCCCCGCGGCCGACUUCACCGUCAUGCUGUUCCACUACGACGGCGCGGUGGAGCAGUGGGGCGACCUGGAGUGGUCGGACCGGGCCGUGCACGUGGCGGCGCGGGGGCAGACCAAGUGGUGGUUCGCCAAGCGGUUCCUGCACCCGGACGUGGUGGCGGAGAACGACUACGUCUUUGUGUGGGACGAGGACAUCGAGGUCGACGCCUUCGACCCCAUCAGGUACCUCGACGUCGUGCGGAGGGAGGGCCUCGAGGUGUCGCAGCCGGUGCUCAACCGCCGCUCCGAGAUCCACCACGCCAUCACGGCGCGCGCGGUUGCUGACGGCAGACAGCGUGCACUGGAGCGUGCGGAACGCCCGCUGUGA